GGGAUUUGGUUCGGAAACGAACAAUUCCGGAUUUGGUGUAUCGCGUAUCAGAAAAAAUAUCAAAAUGAAAGUACCCUCGUGAUAUAUUCUACGAAAACCGAAUAUAUUGCAUUUUAAACGUGGCUUAGUUCUUAAGCACAACAUUAUUCGGCAUGUGACAGCAUGCUGUAAUAUUAACCGUAUUGGGAAAAACGAAACUGAGGACGCAUAAUAGAUCUUUGUUUAUUACUUGCUGGUUGAUAAACUACCCACACUGUAUAAAAAUUUGAUCGCUUUUGUUCAUUCUACGCUGUAAAUCCACAUAUUCAUCAUACAAAAUUGGAGAAGAUUAGGGGGCCUAGUGCGGGCACGUUCGAGAACCGUGGUGGUUGGUGAAUGGUGUUGCAGAUAGACUCGGUGUGGGGUUGGGCGUCACCCCCGUUGCGCCUCCAGCUAGGGGGGUCGAGGGGCGCCUCGGGGAGAGCGACCGCGGGCGCCCCAUCCUCGCAGAGGAUGGGUGAGAUGGUCGUGGAACGCGCGCCUUCCCCAGCUCGCCUCAGCCAUACAUCCGAAAAACAUCCUCGUGCUACGCUCACAGAACUCAACGUCCUUCGUCGGCAUCGCGAACUCUGCGAUGUCGUGCUCAACGUCGGAUCUAGGAAAAUAUUUGCGCAUCGUGUUAUUCUAUCUGCAUGUAGUCCGUACUUCAGAGCAAUGUUUACUGGGGAGCUGGCGGAAUCUCGACAAACUGAAGUUACGAUUCGUGACAUAGACGAAAUGGCAAUGGAAUUAUUAAUAGACUUCUGUUACACUUCUCAUAUAAUCGUCGAGGAAGCAAAUGUUCAAACUCUCCUUCCAGCAGCGUGCCUUCUCCAGCUAGUAGAAAUUCAGGAUAUAUGUUGCGAGUUUCUCAAACGCCAACUCGACCCUUCGAAUUGUCUGGGUAUACGAGCGUUUGCGGAUACUCAUUCUUGCCGUGAACUUUUACGAAUCGCGGACAAGUUCACGCAACAUAAUUUUCAAGAAGUAAUGGAAAGCGAAGAAUUUCUAUUAUUACCCGUUGGCCAAUUAGUAGAUAUUAUCUCCUCCGACGAAUUGAACGUACGAACGGAAGAACAAGUGUUUAGCGCAGUUAUGAAUUGGGUUAAAUACAAUGUCAGUGAAAGAAGGCAGCAUCUGGCGCAAGUUUUACAGCAUGUACGACUGCCCCUACUGAGUCCAAAAUUUUUAGUUGGAACCGUAGGAUCCGAUCUGUUGGUUCGAUCCGACGACGCGUGUCGAGACUUGGUGGACGAAGCAAAGAAUUAUUUGUUAUUACCGCAAGAACGGCCAUUGAUGCAAGGGCCAAGAACCCGUCCUAGAAAACCUACUAGACGCGGUGAAGUUUUAUUUGCCGUCGGCGGAUGGUGUUCCGGCGACGCGAUUGCCAGUGUAGAGAGAUUCGAUCCUAAUACCGCUGACUGGAAAAUGGUCGCUCCGAUGAGUAAAAGAAGAUGCGGCGUUGGUGUAGCCGUGCUAAACGACUUGUUGUACGCGGUUGGAGGUCACGAUGGACAAAGCUAUUUAAAUAGCAUCGAACGAUACGACCCCCAAACGAAUCAGUGGUCCUGCGACGUGGCACCUACUACAUCUUGUAGAACUAGCGUAGGUGUUGCUGUGUUGGACGGUUUUCUUUAUGCUGUAGGUGGUCAGGAUGGCGUUCAGUGUUUAAAUCACGUUGAAAGCACUGUGUUGUACAGAUACGACCCCAAGGAAAAUAAAUGGUCCAAAGUAUCGCCGAUGACCACUAGAAGACUUGGAGUGGCUGUCGCCGUACUAGGCGGUUAUUUAUAUGCCAUCGGCGGGUCUGAUGGCCAAUCGCCUUUGAACACGGUAGAAAGAUACGAUCCAAGGCAAAAUAAAUGGUCUCAAAUAUCCCCUAUGUCUACGAGACGUAAACAUCUAGGCUGUGCUGUAUUUAAUAAUUUAAUUUAUGCUGUCGGAGGACGAGACGACUGUAUGGAACUUUCGAGCGCGGAGCGGUAUAAUCCUCAUACAAAUUCUUGGAGCCCGAUAGUUGCUAUGACAUCAAGAAGAAGCGGAGUGGGAUUAGCGGUAGUGAAUGGUUUACUAUACGCCGUAGGUGGAUUCGAUGGAACUGCCUAUUUGAAAACUAUUGAAGUGUACGAUUCGGAACAAAAUCAAUGGAAACUGUGUGGGUGUAUGAAUUAUAGAAGACUUGGUGGAGGUGUGGGAGUAAUGCGGGCCCCUCAAACCGAAAACUACAUUUGGUAGCUCAGGCCCCCCUCUUCAGCCCAAAUGGCUGAAACCCCAUUAACUCCUCUCACGCCGGUAACUCCUGUUACACCUGUAACUCCUCCCGCUCCUGUAUCGGUUCCUGUUGUUAUAACUAAUACUAGAAAACGCUACCGCCGAUCGAUGAGCAUUAUAUAAUAUAUGCAUUUUACAAGACUUUGCCUUUCUAAAGAUAAAGUCAAUUUCAUUAUAAAACAGUUUUGCAUUCUUUCUUCAGCUUAUCGUCCACUUUAAAUAUUAAUUAUUUCCAUUUAGAUGCAACACAAUUAUUUUGUACUAAAAAUGUAUGUAUAUUUUUCUAUUUAUAUGGAACAUAUGUUCUUCGGUAAUAUUUAUACUGCCACGAUUUUAAAAUUAUUUCCAUAAUGUCUUAUUUUGUAAGGUAUUUUUCUUAUUCUAUUUAUAGGUCCUCUUAUGCAUCACACGAUGCAAAUUGCAGCGGUUAUAGACUUAAGUAUUUUAUUAUUGUAAUUUUUUGAUAAAGCAGUCGUGUACAUCGUGAACAUUUUAGUAAUAUAUGUAUAUGUAAAAAACAAAUAGAAAGGCAAAAUCUCUUCAAAACGCAAUAUUCAUUUCGAUGGGAUGCUCGCACCUUCCAUUUUUCAGUGAUUUAAAAAAAUAAUGUUUGAAAGUCCGUACUGAAGUUUAAACUUUGUUAUGGAGGGCUGCUUGCACACCCACUGAUGCAAUAAUAAAAAUUUAACCAAUCAGAUUGUUUCUGUUUCGAUAGUAUGCUUUUUACGUGUAUCGUAUCUAUCAAUAAGACUGAACUAAAACCAAAAAUUACGUAAAAAAUAAAUGAAACGAUGCUUCUGGCUCUAAGCACAUUUUUGUUUCAAAACAAUGGACAAAACACAUAUAAGU